UCACAUCUGUUCAUCUCUGUCUCAGACCACACGCUUUCACUCCGGACGCACAUAGAGCGCCUGACAUCGUCGCUGUCUUUCUCACAACACUUAGCCAACAAAAAACCCGACAGCAUGGGGAAAGGCUGCAUCUCUGCUACCAAGUACUUCCUCUUCCUCUUCAAUCUCCUCUUCUUUAUCUUUGGAGCCCUGAUUAUGGGAUUUGGCCUCUGGGUUCUCCUGGACACACAAAGCUUCAUCACUGUCCUGCAGGACACGUCGGUAGCACUGCAGGUGUGUCCAUACAUCCUGAUUGGAGUGGGGGGAUUCUCCAUGCUCAUGGGCUUCCUGGGGUGCUUGGGGGCCAUCUAUGAGAUACGCUGCCUCCUGGCAUUGUACUUCAUCUGUCUGCUGCUGAUUCUGCUGGCUCAGUCGGCGGCUGCUGUCCUCAUCUACUUCUACAGAGACCCGCUAAGGAACGGUCUGACAGAUGCUGUUACCAAGAUUCUAAAGAACUAUCCCGGCCAGAACAAGGCCCCUGAGCAAGCCUGGGACUACAUCCAGCGCACGAUGGAGUGCUGUGGCUGGACUGGUCGUGUGGAUUGGGAGGAGAACCCCGUGGUGAUCAACAGCUCUCAGCUGCUCUACCCCUGCUCCUGCCGCAACGUCUCCAUGGCAACGCAGAACGCCACCGAGACCGGCUUCUGUGAUGCAGACUCCCCCGACUGGCCCGUCUAUGAGCAGGGUUGUAUGACCAAUGUGGAGAGCUGGCUCUUCACCAACUACGGAGUGAUUCUGGGCAUCUGUCUUGGGGUGGCAGUCAUUGAGCUCCUGGGUAUGAUAUUGUCCAUGGGACUAUGCAAGAGUGUCCACCAAGAGGACUACACCAAAGUGCCAAAGUACUGAGGCCAAGAUAAAGGGAUACCCACGUAGAGACACACACACACACACACACACACAUACACACACACACACACACACACACACAUACAUUUAUCUGUUUUCCCAAGUCCUGUUUCCUCCUUGUUGUCAGGAGUUUUUUUUGUUUACUCUGUUUGUAUGUUUAUAUGUACAGGGUUGUGUGUGUGUGUGUGUGUGUGUGUGUGUUUGAGGUUCCUCUUUUCAUCUCUUCAUCUUUACACAAAAGAUUUGGAAGCUUUAAAUAGGAAUGGAACAAGGCAAGGUUCAGUGUGAGUGUGUUUUUGUAUGUAUCUAUGUAUGUGUGUGUGUGUGUGUGUGUUUGAGUUUGUGUGAGUACGUCCAAAGUUGUAAGAGCAGACCAGCAUUAUAAAAGGAAUUCCUCUAGGUUUGUGUGUGUGUGCAUUUUGAAUUGAAAUUGACUUCCUGUAAAUUAGUGUUGCUUGUAUGUGUAUGUGUGUGUGUGUGUGUGUGUGUGGGCAUGUGUUUACAUAUUGUUUACUGUAUAUAAACCAGUCUGUUAGCUUUGCUUUCGUAGCGGUUGAUCUAAAACUUGUUUUUACUUGUUUUAUUUUUCAUUUCUUCUGUGUUUCUGUGUGUUUACGCUCAGACCCAGAGAUAGGAUGUUUGCUCUACUCAGCAUUUGUUUUGUUAAAGAUGUGGGUAGGUAAAGCAGCUCUGAAAGCCAAAUGAAGACAGUGGGAGCUUUUAAAAUAAAGAUGGUUGACAGUUUUAAAAUGAGCACAUGGAUGGAUGUGUUUUUAAAGUUGAGGAUGGUCUGUAGUUGUAAAAGUGUUUUUUUUUUUUUUUUAAAUGGCUGUAUGUUUUAAAUGAAAAGUGUGAUGAGGUGUUGUUCUGUUCUUGCUCGCCUCCACCUGCUCCCUCAGCUGAAUCACCCUACCCCUCCUAACCACAAUACACCCUAAUUCCAUGCUACAAAUGCACCUGCACCUUUUGUUUACCACACAAACAAACAAACAAACAAACAAACA